UCCCAAAGCCGAAGCAGGCAGCAGGCCGCGGCGUCCGCCAGGACCCCGUCCCGUCCCGACGUCGAGGUUUCACAACAUUUCGGGGGAAUCAGCAUCGCGGGGAUGAGGGCCUCCACGGGGUCCGUGUUGUGCGUGCUGCUGGCGCUGGCGGCGCAGGCGCGCGCCCAGUGCGCCAUGGAGCCCCCCUCGGGCGCCACCAACUCGCUGCGCUCCCCUGGCGACGGCGGCUUCGGCCUGCUCAUCUCCGGGGACCCGGAGCGCUACGUCCCCGGGUCCGUGUACACGCUGUCGCUGACGGCGCCCCCCGGCAAGACGUUCCGCCGCUUCCUGGUGACGGUGGAGCCCGCCGACGCGGCCGCGCGGCGCUGGGCCGGCAGCUUCCAGCUGUUCGGCGACGCGGCGGCGCAGUUCGCCCCCGCCUGCAUCAACGCCGUGAGCGAGGGCGACACGCCCAGCCCCGCACCGCAGGUCGAGGUGCAGACCAUGUGGAGGGCGCCCACCCAGGGCUCCGGCUGCGUCCGCUUCAAGGCCAUGGUCCAGGAGGACGACGCCCUGUGGUUCGCGGACGAGGGCGCGCUGAGCCGCACGCUGUGCGAGCUGGUCAUGACCCACGCCCACGAGGACGUCAACGUCGACGAGCCCCGGGAGUGCUGCGCCUGCGACGACGCCAAGUACAAGUUCGUGUUCCAGGGCAUCUGGUCCAACACGACGCACCCCAAGGACUUCCCCUUCUCGCUCUGGCUCACGCACUUCAGCGACGUGAUCGGCGCGUCGCACGAGGCCAACUUCUCGUUCUGGGGCGAGGGCCAAAUCGCGUCCGACGGCUUCCGACAGCUGGCCGAGUGGGGCUCCGUGGGGUGGCUGGAGCGCGAGCUGCGCGCCAAGUCGAGGCACCUCCGCACCCUGGUCAAGGCCCCCGGCCUGUGGUACCCACGCGUGACGCAGAACACGAGCGCCACCUUCAACGUGGACCGCCGCCACCACCUGGUCUCCCUCGCCUCCAUGUUCGGCCCGUCUCCGGACUGGGUGGUGGGCGUGUCGGGCCUGGACCUGUGCCUCGCGGACUGCUCCUGGGUGGAGGACAAGGUCAUCGACUUGUACCCCAUCGACGCGGGCACGGACAGCGGCAUCACGUACAUGUCUCCGAACGCGCCCACGGUGCCGCGCGAGGAGAUGUACCGCAUCACCUCCAUGUACCCCGAGGACCCCCGCGCGCCCUUCUACGACCCGCACGGCGCCGACAUGCAGCCCCUGGCGCGCCUGCACAUCUCCAGGACGGCGGUGACGCGCAAGCCCUGCAAGGAGGACGACGACGCCAGCCAGGAGCUGGACAAGGAGUCCGUCUUCGAGGACAUCGAGACCGUGGACGACGGCGAGAAACCCGAGUGCCGCGUGGACGAGUGGACGCCGUGGUCGCCGUGCUCCGUGUCGUGCGGCAAGGGGCUGCGCAUGCGGCAGCGCAACUACCAGAUGGACGCCAAGGCGCAGAUGUUCGGCUGCGACCGCCAGCUCGUGCAGAAGGAGAUGUGCGUGGCGCACGACGCGUCCUGCCCCGGCGACCCGGUGGAGCUGGACCCUAACGAGGUGGGCACGCCCUCCGAGGUGGAGAACAUCAACUGCGCCGUCACGCCGUGGGGCCCGUGGUCCGAGUGCUCGUCCUCGUGCGGGCCCGGCUUCGAGGUGCGCUCGCGCCGCUUCGAGGACCGCGCCGGCAUCAAGAAGUGCCCCUUCGUGGAGCUGACCGAACGCCGCAAGUGCUCGCUGCCCGCCUGCGUGGACACAGUGCCGGUGGACCCGAGCUGCCGCCUGACGGAGUGGUCGGACUGGUCGCCCUGCUCCGUGUCCUGCGGCGCGGGCCGCAAGUUCCGCAGCAGGCUGGUGCUGGUGGCCGACGAGGUGGCGCGCGAGCGCUGCGCCCGCUACCACAAGCUGAGCGAGGAGCGGCCCUGCUCCAUCAAGGAGUCCUGCAUCACGUCCACCGCCGACGCCGAGGAAGCGUGCCUGCAGCCCGAGGAGUCCGGCCCCUGCCGCGCCUACUUCGAGCGCUGGUACUUCGACCGCGCGGCCCGCCAGUGCCGGCCCUUCGGCUACGGGGGCUGCCGCGGCAACCGCAACAACUUCCACUCCCUCACCGAGUGCAACACCAUCUGCGCCAGCGUGCGGGAGAAGCUGGCCCGCGGCGUGCCCCUGGCGGCCCGCCUCAGCGCCCCCGCGCCCGCCGCCCCGGCCGUCUCGACGCAGGCCGCGCAGGCCGAGGCCGUGUCCGCGCUGGGCCCGCGCGUCGACUGCGUGGUGUCCGAGUGGGGCGAGUGGUCGCCCUGCACCGCCACGUGCGGCCUCGGCUACCGCGAGCGCCACCGGAGAGUGCUGGUGGAGCCAAUCAGAGGCGGCCGCGUGUGUCCGAACCGCCUCCGCGGCCGCAAGAAGUGCUACGGAGGUCCUUGCGAUCCUUUCCAAGCCGCUCUGAGCGCCGAAGACAACCUGUGACGAGGAGCACAGAGGAGCGAAAUGAAAAGAAAAAGUGUAAAAAGUGUGAUAUAGACAGCUCUUUUAUAUACCAAAAAAUCGUCUUUAUUCGUUAACGUGUACAAUAAAAUUUUUAAAAAAUCAUA